CUUUGCUGCUCCCAUCGAACUCAAAAAGGUUGUUCGGCAGAAAACGUUGACGCCGAGACCCGCUCCGGCCUCACAGAACUACCUGACCAUGAGUCACCGGGAGUGUAGCAUAACCGCCCCGCAGCCUUAUUUAAGACUCAUUUGUUCAAAAGUUCCAUCACCCGUGGCAGGUUUCAAUAACAACUCCAGUAAAAUGGCCUCACAGUCGAAAAUCCUCCCCCAAUUGACUUCCUCCAAGCUCUUUCUCACCGAAGCCGGAAUCGAAACCACUCUCGUCUACAAAAAGAAUAUCCAUCUCCCCUGCUUCUCUACUCUCCCGCUCCUCAGCACCGAAGAGGGAACGCAAACUCUCCUCUCCAUCUACCAAGAAUAUGUCAAUAUCGCUCUCGCUCAUUCAACCGGCAUCGUACUCGAAACCCGAACAUGGCGAGGCUCUCCCUCAUGGUCCUCCAAACUCCACCUCUCCAUCCAGCAGGUUCUCGAUCUGAACCGCGCAGCAGUCAAGGUUCUCCAUGACCUCCGUCGCAAAGUCGAAACUGCAUCUACUCCUAUUGUUAUCAGUGGGACCCUUGGAACUAUUCAAGAUGCUUACGAGGAUUCUACGGAAACGGUUUCCUUCUCCCAGGCACAGGAAAACUACCGCUCUCAAGUCCAUGUCCUCGCCGAAGAAGGCAUAGACAUGUUGUCCAUGAUGACUGUAACUAAUCUCAACGAGGCCAUUGCAGCAGUGAGUGUGGCGCGAGAGUUUAAUCUCCCGAUUCACGUCUCGUUUAGCCUCGAGACAGACGGACGGCUGCAAGGAGGAAGAACCCUUGAUGAUGUGAUUCGUGAAGUGGAUCGUGUGACGGAAAAUUAUACAACGUAUUUCGGGGUGAAUUGCGCGCAUCCACAUCAUAUUAUGACAGCGUUACGGGGUGUCUCUGAGGAUGUGAGGUCGAGGAUUGGGUCGAUUCGAGGGAAUGCAAGCCUUAAGAGCCACGAACAGCUUGAUAACACGCUGGUCCUAGAUCGAGGCGAUGUUUCAGUUUAUGUUCGGGAAUUUAAUGGGCUGUUAAAUAUGUUGCCAGAACUGAAAGUGGUAGGGGGUUGUUGUGGCACAGAUGAAGAGCAUAUUGACACUCUUGCAAGAAGAGUUUAUUCUUUUGGUUGUUAAAAGCCAGUCAAACAAGCAUACUGCUUUGCUGACCAAAAUAUUAAAACCCUCAUCCCAGUGUUAGUGUUCAAGAAUCAUCCUCGGCUACUUUUUUCCUUUUUCCCGAUAGUUUCAUGUUUCUACUAGUAUAUCCUGUCAAAUAUCGGUAACUUCAUUGCACGUCAUUUCUGCUUGUCGCUUCCCCCCAC